AUGUUAACAACAGAAAUCUGGUUUUUAAUUUAUUUCAGUGUUGAACUUAUGUUCGAACAAACAAGCUCACGUCAAUAUUUUCUCAUAAUCUGCUUGACAAAAUCUUAUCAUCGUCAUCAUCAUCAUCAUCAGCAUUGUUCAAUGCUUCAACUCCUCGGGCAACAAUUACGAUCAAUUAAACUUCUUGUUCCGCUCGUAAAGCGUGGACGGCUUUAUCUGGGUCUCAAAAAUGAAAUUUUCGAAGACAGAAAAUAA